AUGAGCAAAGGCGACGUCGAAAUCGCGGCCCCGUCCCUGGAGCGGACCUCGGACGUCGACAAGGGCAGCGUCGCGGUUGGUCGCCAGAACCUCCAUGCCGCCGUCGCGCCCCACGCCUCGUACGAGGGAGGUCACCGAUGGGAUCCUUCCGCCACUUGGUCGCCCGAGGAGGAAAAGGCCGUCAUCCGUAAGACGGAUCUGAAGCUGCUCACAUGGCUCUGUAUCAUGUUCUUUGGCCUUCAACUCGAUCGAGGCAAUCUGAGCAACACCCUCGCGGACAAUUUUCUCGAUGACUUGGGCCUCACCACCGACGAUUACAACAACGGUACCACCAUUCAACUCGUGUGCUUCCUGGCUGCCGAGUUCCCUGUUCAGUUCUUGACCAAGCGAUAUGGCUUCAAGCACAUUCUGCCCGGGCUCAUGGUUGGCUGGGGUCUUGUCUCAACGUUCCAGUGCUUCAUCCAUGACCGCACCUCGUUCUACGUGACCCGCGCCUUCAUCGGUCUCUUCGAGGGCGGCUUCAUCCCCGGUGCCAUCCUCAUGGCCACCUACUUCUACACCUCCCGGGAGCUGUCCGUCCGCCUCGCCGCCUUCUGGUCCACCCUCAACGUCGCCCGCGUCAUCUCCGCUCUCCUGGCCGCCGGCCUCUUGGAGAUGCGCGGCGUCAACGGUCGCCCCGGCUGGUUCUGGCUUUUCCUCCUCGAGGGCCUCCUCACCGUCAUCCUCGGCCUCAUCUCCUUCAUCUGGCUGCCUCUCUCGCCCACCGCCACCAAGACUCUGCUGUGGCGCAACCCGUGGUAUACCGAGCGCGAAGAAGUCAUCAUGAUCAACCGUAUCCUCCGCGACGACCCCGCCAAGGGCCUCACCGCCAUCACCGAGCCCGCCACCUGGGCCGACGUCAAGAACACCUGGUCCGACAAGUCCCUCUGGGGUCUCUUUUUCAUCGGCCUCAUUGCUUACAUCCCCGCCACCCCCGUCCAGGCGUACCUCACCCUCACUCUCAAGCGCGUGGGUGGUUUCACCACUCUCCAGAGCAACCUGCUCACCGCUCCCUCUGCCGCGCUUCAGAUCGUCACCAUGUUGGCCCUUGCCUACAGCUCCGAGUUCUUCAACGAGAGAGCCUUCCACUGUCUCUUCGGUGAGCUGUGGUGCCUUCCCCUCUUCACCGCGCUCCUCACCCUACCAGACGGUGGCCGCGAAUGGGGACGUUUCUCCCUCGUCACCCUCAUCUCCGGUUACCCCUACUUCCAUCCCAUCGUCAGCUCGUGGAUCUCAGAAAACACCUUUGACGUCAAGAAGCGAGCUAUUGCCGCGGCUACGUAUAACGUCAUUGUUCAAAUUGGAAGUUUGAUUGGUAGCCAGAUCUACCGCAAGUGGGAUGCCCCGUACUACAAGACGGGCAACAAGGUCCUGGUUUCCAUCCUUGCCCUUGCCAUCGUCACCUUCAUUAUCCAGCGCCAGUGGCUCAUCCACCUCAACAAGAAGAAGGAGAACGCUUGGGACGCGAUGACGGCCGAGGAGAAGCUUGAAUACCAGACCAACCAGGAGGCCCGUGAGAAGGACGGAAACAAGCGCCUGGACUUCCGAUUCCAAUACUAA